UGAGGCGGGCGCGUGGGCGUCGCGUUGGUCAAGGCGUUGGCCAUGCUCCCCAGUGUGUCUGUGGCUCCCUCAGCUGUGGUCUACGGCGCCCGCGGCGGCGCCCGCGGCGCCUUGCCGCUGGCGGGUAGCCGGCGCUUGUCAGUGCGCCUGCGCGGGGGAGGGCGAGGGGCGGGGUUGUUGGUCGGACGGGUCGAGCCGCGGGGAGGCGUCAGUACGGGACGGAGCGUCGCGAGUGUGUGGUGUGUUGUGUGGCGGGCGGAGCAGCGGCGGCGUGGCGGUGGGCGCUGCGGUACCGUACCGAGGAGAGAGGGAGGGAGAGCUGCACACGUCCAGAGGAGAGAGGCCGGAGCCAUGUCCAACAGACGGACACUCGGAGAAAAUCACGAAGUGCUGAGCCGAAACGCCUUCUGUUCGGGCUACGUGGACAGCUUCGGCAAAUGGAACAACGGCUUCCCGUGCCCGCGGAUUGACGACGAGGAGGUGUUUUGCUGCGGGACGACCACCUACCGGUACUGCUGCAGCGGCCGCGUCGGCUCCGACUACGACGGCGAUUCGGACCGAGCCGCCGCCGACUUCCUCAGCGAAAACCUGCCUCUGGUGCUGGGUGUGGCAGCGGGAGCCCUCAUCACCCUCGUCUUGGUCAUCAUCAUCUCUUGCUUCUACUGCAGCUGCUGUGCCGGCUACAAGAAGCGCAGCGAGGCCAAGAGAGACCGGAUGUACGCGUCCACGUCCAGCGGGGUGGCCAACAUGUACAGCUGCUCGACAGCCUCGCUGGGGAGGCGCGACUUCAGGGAGGCGGGCCGCGACAGCCGCCGCGAGCAGCUCGAGGACAUGCUGCACAUCCAGGAGGUGAUGGAGGUGGCAUCGGUGUCGCAGCGCAGCGCGCCCAGCCUGCCGCGCACCUUCCGCCACAACAGAGCGUCCCUGGCCGACUCGGUUGGGAACGCCUCCGUCUCCACGACGACCGACAACGAGCGUCAGUUGUUUGUCAAACACGAGUCGGUGGACAUGCCGCCCAUCUACAACCUCAACAAGCUAAGCAACUUCGAGGAGGUGCUGCCCUACCCGCCGUCAUUCGCCUCAGAGCGAUGUGACUUCGGGUCGGGUCACUACAUCGCCGGCAUGUCGCCAAACGACGAUAACUUCUACCGUGCCACCAAGAUGUGAGCGAUUUGAGUCACUGUGCGAGGUCGAGCCUACUCAAUAGUGACCGGAACUCAUGCUGGGGUGUGUGCAGGUGGCUAUUAUGUGGUGAGACGUUGCCAGACGGUCCAUAGACGGUUACCAGACGGCGGUUGUGCUGGCCAUUCGUCUGUGAUCACCGCGCACACAACCGCAGACCAGACGCCGGGACCGGAAACCUCUGCAGACUUCCGACCGCAAACCGAUGAUGACGGACGCGUCUGGUAGUGGCUGGGGCCGAACUGAAGGGGUGGCGGUCCACCAGAGUCCGGUCGGGACGCUCUGAACCAGCGCACCUUUGGACUCCAGGGGAGAGGGACGGUGUGUCUGCAAAUCAUCAGCGCGCCGCGGACUGUGAGCGCUCCCCCGGUGUGGUGACGGUGCAGAGGGGGUCCAGCGGGCCGCCGUAUCAUCUGAGGCUGCAGCACAGUCAUCCCAUGUGAUAGGAAUGAAUGCGACGCGGCGCGGGCAUUGAUAGUGUUGGGGGUUAUCGGUGCAGUGUUAUUAGUGCCAGCGCUGGGUGCGUUGAUGCGCGUGAGUGUUUGAGAUGUGGUUGAUACGCGAAUGAGAUCGGGUCUGUGGACGUAAAAGGACGGCUUUGUCGCAGUGGCAAACGUUGUCGCUGACACCGACAGUUCACAGUGUCGUUUGCACAGCCUGAUGUAACACAGUCCAGUAUCGCCGUUUGUAUCUAAUCCUGUCGAAAGAGCGUUCCAGUGAGUGCGCGACACAUGUUUUUACACUCGUCCGCUGCGUGUACGAGCUGCCUCCGCUGAGGUCGAGGGCCGGGCUGGACCGUGUUCCCGCCCGAGGCACUGAGAACAGCGCUGACGUGUCCUCUGGUGGUUUACGCUGCCGUCAGGUGGCCAUCAGCCACCGGACGCGCCCGGGACGCCGCUCAAACUCUACUCUCACCCUCCCUCUCUAUUAUACAACGUGAGGUCCCGCGUGGCCCGUAUAUGAGCCGACCGUGGCCUGGUCUGGUCUGGUAUGAAACCUGAUUUAUGGUCUGAUUACUGAGCUACGGGGAGGUCGCUAGAGUGUCCCGCCUGCCCGCACUUCGCGAGAUUAUUUAUGUUUGUUUUGUAUCUGCUGUAGGUAGCCAGGAAGUGCGUAGCGCGUGGCCGCACCGAGCCAUUCUCUGUGCAUUAUUCGCGGACUGCAGGUGACUGCCAUUGGUUUAAUGAGGACCCGAUGAGUUUGCACUGGGCGUGCCGGCGAACUCUGUAGCGCGCUGUGGUCACAGAGUGACCGUGUUUAUACGCGGCCGAUGACUGGUACAACCCGUCAGCAUUGCACGCUGUAUUUAUACUCUGCUGACCGCCGGGCGCAGUGCAGUGGUGUGUGCGCGUCCCGGGCCCCGGGCGGGUGACGAGGCUCACCCACCGAGAGCGAGACCGCGCCUCAGCCAAUUAGGGGCGCUAAUAAUCCAGAGAUACGCUCUCUCUCUGUGUCGAGCGUGGAUGGGCCGUCGCGAAGCGCUUUGAGUCGUGCACGCAGCGCUGGUAUGUUCGAUGGAGUGUGUAUGCUGGUGUGAAGUCACCUUGGUCUCGUUUUCAGUAAUACAUACAUGCGUGCCA